UGCAUAAAUCUUGUGUAAAAUAUAUUAUAUAUGACAGAAAAUAAUUAAUAAAUGCUAAUUUCUGAUUGUGAAUUGCAGUGUAAAACGCAAUAAAUAAAUAAUAAAUAAAUAUAAAAUAAUUAUUGCAGUAUAUAGCGUUCCAACAAGUGCAUAAACAAAAGAAAAUAAAGAAAAUGUUUUAAAUAGAGACAAACAACAAAGCGAGAAAAACAAGAGACAACAAUAAGAGAUUAACGGAGGGAAGAAAAGUAUCAGCAAAAGCGUAAAGAUCAGUUGCAAAUCAUUUGUACAGCUAAAGAUACUUUUGACAGCUAUAGAUACUUUGCAAGCUAUAGAUACUUCUAGAGCGCUGGCUACAAAUAUAUUUGCCAUGAGCAUGCCUCAAGUGCGAGGCAGCAGCAAGGGUUGCUACCCGCUAAUGCUGCUGCUGCUGCUCCUGCUGGCCGAUCUGGGCUACGCCGAGGAGCAUCCGCAUCGCCACGCCCACAAUGGCACAACCAGUGCACCGGGCGGAGCUCGCGCCCGCCGCAAUCAUCCGCAGUCGCAGCGCUUGCAGCAGCUGCAAUGGGCACAGGCUGGCAACGGACUGGACGGACUGCAGCUGGGCAAUGGCUACCAUCACUUAAGGCACGAGCAGCACCUGCGGGCAGAGCUGGCGGGCAACGAGCAGAACCGGCAGCCGCCGUUGCCAGACCAGUUGCAGCUCGGCGGCCCAGGUGAACAGCAUCACUUGCGUCACCACAAUCGGCAUCAUGCUGCCUGGCAACAGCGCGUGUUUCCCGAGCUGCGGCGCCAGACGCUGAUGACGACCCCGGCAACGGCAACGGCAGCGGCUCCAUCGACCACAGUCGCGCCCGCCACUCAUGUGGUGACCGAUGCACCAGUGCAGCAUGCUGCACUUAAUGAUAGCAACAUUUAUUCUUCGAGGCGCUAUUUCGAUCGCGAUUCGAUUUCAACCGCCUGGAUGCAGGCGCGUUCGACGCGUGCGCCCAACUGGCAGCAGCAGCUCGUGGACAGCGAUGAGGAUGACAGCGCUGAUGAUGACGACGAUGAGGAUGAUGAUGAUGACGAGGAUUACGAUGACGAUGAGUUGGAUGAUCAAGCCGAUCAGGCGGUGAACGUGGCUGCCGAGCUGGCCAAGCAAAUGCCGCGCUACUCCUUCUUCAGCCAGAAGCUGCCGGACUUGAGUGCCAGCGAACAGGACUACGACUACGAUCAAUCCGAGGCGAAUGCACCCAACAGCAACAAUAACAACAAUAACAAGCAUCCAAAUGUGGCAGCUAAUCACCCCAAGGCAGCAGCCAAGCGCAACAUCUUCAAUUGGCUCUUCAAGCCCAGCAAGGAGAAGGUGCAGCUGCAGCUGAAGACCACGACGGCAAAGCCCAGCGCAGAUAGUUCAAGCCAGGAGCAGGUCUUCUCGAACGAGCAGUGGAACAAGAUCGAGCAUGAGCAUCAUCUGAAGCAGCAGCAGCAUCAGAAGGAACUACAGGCAUUGCGCGACAGCAUCAGAAACAGAAAUGCGCCGCUGAUAAGAAGCCGAGCCGUCGCUGGCAUUGAUAAUGAGGUAAGUGCAGCUGCGAAGUGCUUAGAAGACGCCAAUGUGCAUAAUGCGGACAACAAUAACAAUUUCGCACAUAAUCGCAUCGGCAGCCAAACUGCGCACAAGGAGAAGUUGCUGGGAACGCCGGAAGCUGUGCUCAAUGCUCGACGCGAGAGGGAGGAGGCCAAAGUCUUUGCAGCCAAGGCGAAUGCACACAUCGAAGAGGUAUUGAGGGAGCACUCUUGCCACUUGCCACAGAAGCGUUGCAUGAGCGCCGGACGCGACCCAUCGAAGAUCUACUUCCCCCACUGCACGUUCGUACACCGUUGCUCCGAGGACAGCGGCUGCUGCCACAGUCGCACCGAAAUCUGUGCCCCAAAGCGCACCCACAAAGUCGAAAAGUAUUUCUUUGUAAGUAUUACGAAUCGAAUUUGAAUUUCAAAUCAGCCU